GUCGUUCAUGGAGGGGUAAAUUUCAUGAUUAUUCUCUAGGACCUUGGAUUGUGCUUGAAAUUGUUUAGUGGGGGGUGUCGGUGGAGAUGGCGGCCGUCCUGCUGCAGGCUCUGGAGCGGCCGGAGUUGAACAAACUCCCGAAAGGCGUCCAGAACAAGCUGGAGAAGUUUGUAACGGAGCUGCAGAAUGCUAACGAGGCGCUCCGGACGCAGCAUGAGCGCUUCAAGGCGGACAGCGAACAGCAGUAUUUUGACAUUGAGAAGAGACUGUUGGGGAGUCAGGAACAGAUCCUGUCAGCCACUAAAGACCUGCAGACCGUCAAAGAGGAAAAUAAAAAGCUCAAUGAAGAGCUCAGCACUCUGAAAGGAAUAGAAGGAGAAACCGGUGAAGUUAAACCAACACAACAGCAAACUAAGGCCAAGUAUGAGAUUGAAGCAGAGAAGAGAGAGCUGGCGAGGCUGCUGGAGAAGAGGACGCAGGAAGUGGAAAAUCUUACCGAGGAUGUGAAGCGUCUUAAUGAGAAGCUGACCGAUGCCAACAAAGUCAAAAUGGAGCUGCAGUUAAAGCUGGACGGCAUAGAGUCAUCUGCAGCCUCUGUGCAGCAUCGGGAGAAGCGCAUGGAGCAGGAGAAGGAGCUACUGGAGAAGAAGGCUGAGUGGUUAUCUGCAGAGCUAAAGACUAAAACUGAAGAGCUGCUGAAAACCAGCAGAGAGAAAGGCAAAGAGAUACUGGAGCUGCAGGGUAAUCUGAAGAUCAGCAAGGAGCAGGUGAACAGACUGGAGAGUCAGCUCACUUCUCUGAAGCAAAUCAAUGAAAACCAGAAUAAAAGAGCUGAAGAUCUCAACAACAAGCUUAAACAGUCAAAAGAUGAGCUGAGUGCAAUGGAUGAGAAAUACCGCAAUGAGCUCAACGCACAUGUCAAGUUGUCUUCACUCUACAAGGGGUCGGCAACAGAGAUGGAGACUAAGAAUCAAGAGCUCAGCAGAGCGGUUGAAGCGCUCACCAAGCUGGUAAAAGACACAGGAGAAGCCAGUAAAGCCCUUGAGAAGAAGCUGUCAGAGAGUGAAGAGCUGAAGAAGCGAAUUGAGGCAGAACUCAGAGAGAAAGUCACCAAAAUGGAAAAGGAGCUGGAGAACGCCACGUUGAAGGCUUCAGGAAAACACUGCUGUGGGCCGUCUCUGACUGAAGAACAGCUGGACUCCAUGUGUCCAUCAGCAGCUGCCAUUGCUGCGAUUGUCAAACCCGGCAUGAAAUUCUUUGACCUGUAUAAUGCGUAUGCGGAGUGUCAGACACAGCUCCAGCUUGAGAAGCAGGAGACCCGGAGAGUGAGCAAGGUGCUGGAUGAGAUUGUGCAGGAGGUGGAGUCCAAAGCGCCGGUCCUGAAGCGCCAGAGAGAAGAGUACGAGGGCAUGCAGAGGUCCACGGCUUCACUGUUCAACAAGCUGGAGCAGGCUCGGACGGAAAUCUAUAGCUUGCAGAAAGAAAAGGAGGAGGCCAAACAGCAGAAUGAGGCCCUGCAGAGAGAAAAACAAAGAAUUGAGACACAGCUGGAGGACACAUCUGCCCAGGUGUGCUCUCUUCUGGUUGACCUUGAGGAAGCCAGAGGCAACCGGGUGAGCAAGAACGACGGAAGCUCCACAGACAUUUCCAGCACAUCGGAGGUCCUGAGCGCUCGGCAGAUCUCCUUCCGCAGCGUGGAGGAGCUUCAGAGGCAGAACCAAAGUCUGCUGGGAAGGCUGAGAGAGCUGGAGGAAGAGAAGGACAGACAGAAGGGUCAAGUAACAUCAGCACGCAUAUCGGAGCUGGAAUCUAGCAUGGCUAAACUGAAGACGGAGAUGGAGCUUCUGAGGGAGCAGAGGAACCAGCAGAAGCAGCUUUCCGACUCCAACGCCAGGCAAAGGGACAUGUAUAAGGCUCUUUUGACACAGAGCACCGGCUUCAGCCUGCCUCCUCAGGGUCAAGACUCCUCUGCAUCCGCAGCGCCCGUUCGUCCUUCGGUUCCAGCCACUCGCUCGACCCCUCAGCGGGCUGCAGCUGCAGAGUCGGCGCAGACUGCCCAGGCAAAAGCUGCUUUAAAGCAGCUCAACGAUGCCUUUACUUUAUACAAGAAGGAGAAGGCCGAGAAUGAUCGGAUGCUGAACGAAACAAAUGACCGGCUGCAGAGGCAGCUGACUGAGUUCCGAUCCAGCCACGCCAAACUGACUUCCCAACUUGAAUUCAGCAACAAGAGGUACGAAAUGCUCCAGGAAACUGUUAACGCCUACCGUCGAGAGAUCUCUGCCCUACAGGAGAGAAAUCAAAAGAUGGCGGCCACAGCCCAACGCCAUGAGCACAUCAUCCACACAAUGAGCCAAGAUCUGAGACAGACCAAUGAAAAACUGGCUCUGGAAGAGGUGCGAGUGGAAAACCUGUCUAAAGAGAGAGACCUGCUGAGACAAGCAGAGAGUCGACUCAAUCGAGAGAAGGAGGCCAUGCUGGCUGAGCAACGGAACCAGAACCUGCUGCUCACCAACCUCAAGUCCAUACAGUUGACAAUGGAGCGCACAGACACGGAGACUCGCCAGCGGUUGAACAACAAAAUAGAAAAGCUGGAGGCAGAAUUGAGUUCUAUGAAGACCAGAAUGGAUCAGGAAAUCGCUCAGAGGCAUGCCCUUGGGCGCACCAUGGAUGCUCAGUUGUUGGAGGCGAAGAAGCAGCUGGAGACCCAGAACACCCUGCAGCAGAAGACCAGGGAGCUGCUGCGUACUUCUGAACAGCAGGUGGCGUCACUGAAAGCCCAGCUGGCCGCUGCCUCCUCCUCUGAAGCGGCUGCCGCCAGCACCAGCGCCACCCCAGCCACCAGAGCCGCUGCCCUCCGAGCACCGCUGAGAGUACGUUCUCCGGUACCAGCAGCUCCUCAGCAGUCCAGCCAAUCAGAGCAAGAGCUUUCAGAGGUUAAGGGACUCCUGCGUGCAGCUGAGGAACAGAACAACGAAUUAACAGAGCAACUGAAGAAUACUAAUGCUACUGUACAGCAGUACAGAUCUGUGGUGUUGACUCUAGAAGACAGUCUGAAGAAAGAAAAGGAGUCCCGUUCCCCCCUGGAACUCCGGGUGAAGGAGUCGGAGGAGUUGCAGAAACAACUGGAGAAGAGGAUUUUAGAGGUGGAGAAAAUGAAACAGCAGGAGGAAGAGGAGAGAAGAAAGGCUAUGGAUGCCGUGGAGAAACAGGUGUCGGAGCUGCAGCGCAGCCUGAAGUCCAGUCAGACGGAGCAGCAGGAGGCGCUGGAGAGAGCUGCUGCUGCCGUCACGCUGGAGCAGAAGGCCAUACAGGAGAGCUUGCUGCAGACUAAACUCGCGGGAGAAGCACAGUCCAAGUAUGAGCGGGAGCUGAUGCUUCACGCUGCUGACGUGGAGGCUCUGCAAGAGUUGAAGAAAAAAUUCCAGCAGGACACAACAAGGAAGAGAGAGCUGGAGGAGCAGUUGAAGAAGACCUCCGCCCUCCUGCAGGAGAAAACUGCGGCAUGGAACGCAGCGGAGAAAAAGAUGAAAGAGGACCAGGCCAAUCAGAACCGGCGCUGUGAAGAGCUGGGAAAGCAGAAUGCUCUCCUCCACCAGCAAAUGGACGAACUGGCCACCAAGAGUCGUCAGCUGCAGCAACAACAACACCAGCAGCAGCUUGAUCUGUCCUUCAGCGAGGAAGGAAAGACCACCGAGCAGAUACUGGAAAUACUCAGGUUUGUGCGUCGGGAGAAGGAAAUCGCAGAGACUCGAUGUGAAGCCUCUGACAAAGAAGCUCUUCGCUACAAACAGAGAGUCGAACACCAGGACAGAGAAAUUAAAGAGCUGCAUGAAGCCUUGAAUGUGGAGAGAGAGAGGAUGCAGGCGACAGUGAAGACUCUGGCCCAGCAAGAAGAGCAACUGAAGAAGAUGGAGACUAUCAGCGCUCUACAAGAGAACAACAGGAUGCUGAAAAUGGACAGAGAUAAACUGGAACAGGAGCUGAAUCAGGCUCAGGUUAAAUUGUCGAAGCUGCAGGCAGACAUCAGCCCGCUGCAUCACUCUCUGUCUCAGCUGUCGGAGAAAAACGGUUCUCUGCAGGCUGAUAGGCGGCUUCUGGAGGAAGACCUCAAGCGGUGGAAGGCCAGAGCACAGCAACUGAUGAGCCAACAGAAAGAUGGAGAUACUGAGGAGCGACAAAAACUAAUUGCUGAGAAAGAGGCUCAUCUGAGGCGCAUCACAAAUCUGGCUGAAGAGACGGGCAAGCUCAAGACGGAACUGGCCAGGGCGAACGCCACCAGUAAUUUGGCUCAGACUCAGGUACAAGGCCUGAAAGACGCCAUAGCCCGUCUGACGUCAGAAAGGGAUUCACUGAAGAAAGAAGUGGAAAACUCAAACAAUGUCAUCCUGGAGAAGAACAAGACCAUCACUCAGGUGAAGAAGAUCGGACGGCGCUACAAGACCCAGUUCGAUGAGCUGAAAGCCCAGCAUGACAAGUUUGUUGCUGAAACGGCUGCUAAAGCGGGGAGCGAGGCGGCUCCAAGCCAGGAGGCGCAGCAGGAGCUGAGCAAAGCCCAGGAGGAGCUCAGCAAGACCCGCGAGGAGCUGAGCACUCUGAAAGAGGAGGCGCAGAAAAAGCAGGAAGAGGUGCAGAAGUCACAGCAGAUGUUGGAGGCCGCUCAGAAGGAAAACCAGCAAACCAAAGAGAAACUCCAGGAGGUCCAAAACCAGCUGACGCAGAACCAGAACCAGCUGACUCAAAACCAGAACCAGCUGACACAGGUUCAGUCCCAGUUGUCUCAAACCCAAAACCAACUGCAGCAGAAUCAGAACCAGCUGACACAGAGUCAGAAAGAGCUUCAGCAAGCCAAGAACCACACUCAACAGGUUCAGAACCAGCUGAAAGCUGCUCAGUCCCAAGCCCAGGCUCGCCAGAAUCAGAUUCAGCAGAUCCAGAGGGAGCUGCAGCAGGCUAAAGAGUCUCUGCAGCAGAACGUCUCGACCCAGAAGGAGCAGCAGCAGUCUCUGCAGACCAGCCAGCAGAAACACAACCAGGAGGUGAACAGUCUGAAGACCUCCCUGAGCCAAGCGGAGAGCAAGGUGACUGAGCUCCAAGGCCAGCUGGAAAAUGUUCAGAAGGCUGUUUCAGAGCGUGAAGCGGACAUCAAGCGCCUGCAGGAGCAGCUUACUGAAGCCAAUCAGGCUAAAGACGCUGCCGGAGCCGCUCAGAGCUCUCAGGUCCUCCCAGCCAGCGACGCCAACGCUGCCAGUGAAAGAAACCAGGCACUACAAGAAGAGCUGAGCAAACUCCGACAGGAGCUUUCUGAGACAAAGAGCAGAGAGGAGCAGCUCAAACAGCAGAUGUCUGACAAAGAGGAAAAGACGAAGAAGGUUUUCAUGGGAGCCAAAACCAAAAUCAACCAGUUAAACACUGCGAAAGAGAAGCUCAGUCAGGAGAUAGAAGAGCUGAAGCAGAGUAAAGAAGAGCUGGAGGUGAGAAUGAAUGCCCUGAAGUCUCAGUAUGAAGGACGACUCCUGCGGCAGGACAGAGAGCUGCGUGAACUGAGAGAGACGCAGACGCACAGCGAACCCCGGGAGGAACCGCAAGACCAGAGCGGAGCCAAGGUACGAGCAGCGAAACAGACCGAGCAGGCAGGUGAUCAGACCAGACCUGCAGACCCGAGACAAAUGUCCCUGAAGAGUCCGGCUCAGGACAGAGGAAGCUCCAGUCUGUCUGAACCUCCUACCGCCAAUAUUCGACCAACGCCGAGUACACCGUCUCCGAGCAACAAGCCCAGCCCGUCUCCCGGCAGCAAGGCCACGCCCCGCGCCAGCAUCCGGCCCAUGGUAACCCCGGCCCCCGUCCCGGUCCCGACUCCUACAGCCACCGUGAUGCCCACCACACAGACCGACAGCCAAGAGGCGCUCAUGAGUGCAGGAGGCUCCGUGCACUCCACCAGCUCCGGCAUUGUAAACGCACCCGCCUCCUUGAAUCAGCCAACCAGCUCUCAGGCUACGGCGUUUGUCCAGCCCACUCAGCAGCAGAUCGCCAGUCAAGAUGCGGCGUCCAGCGUGGAUUCCGAGCGCCCGUCUACGUCCUCCUCUCUGCCUGCGACUGCUGGCUCAAAGCGAACCCGAGAGGAUGAGGAGGAUGAAGAUGACAGCAGACCAGAAAGUUCACAAACACCUCCCUCAACUAAAAAGUUUAGACUAAAACCAGCUAUUGCACUACAGAUGGAGGGUGACGAAGAAAUAGAGGGAGAUCUGGACGAUGAGGAAGAACGGCAGGAUUCACCAGAUGACAGUCAGGAGCUGCCAGAGGAAGGUUUUCCGAUGCUGGCUGAAGAUGAGGAAGAGGAGGGCGUGUCGCAGUCUGUCCCCUCCGACCAAAUGUCCUCCCAAGAGUCGGCUCUAAUCCGGGACGUGAUCGUGAUCGACACGGACAGCGAAAGCCAGGAGAGCAAGGAGGAGCCGAUACAGGAGGCCGAGGGGGAGGAGGAGGAGGAAGAAGAAGAAGAGGAAGGGGAGGAGGAGGAGGAGGAGGAGGAGGAGUAUAAAGAGGGAGAGGAGGAAGACGACAAUGACGACGAUGCUGCUGACAGCGGGCUGAGAGGAGAGGAGAGUAACGAGGAGAGCAGGGAGGCCCAAGACGACGAGGAAGAGGAGGAGGAGCCGACCGAAGGCGGCAACAACGCCGAGGACGGAUCAGGUGUGGCGUCUUCAGACCAGCAGCGACCGUCUGAGUCGGCGCACGGCGGUGACGGCAGCAGUGAAGCCACACCAGACUCGGACGCACCCAGAGACUCCGUGCACUUCCCCCCGACUUCCACCUCCUCCCUGGCACCGUCCCCCUCCUCGUCCUCCCUCACACCCCGUCUGCCCCACACACGCCGACCCCCACACGCCCUCCCGCCGCGGCUCUACAUCCAGCCUCCGGCCCCCGAGCUGGGACCCCCGCCCACACAGAGACAAUCUUCUCAGCUGCGCAGACCCUCAGCAGGACGGGGACCUCAGCUCACCCCCGGAAUCGGCACCAUGCAGCCUUUCUUUGAUGACGAUGACAGAAUGGUUCCCAGUACUCCCACUCUGGUGGUCCCGCACCGCACUGACGGCUUUGCUGAAGCUAUACACUCUCCUCAGGUAGCAGGUCUGUCCACCAGGUUCAGGUUCGGACCCCCAGAAGACCUCCUGCCUCAGACUUCAGCCUCACACUCUGAUCUGGGGCAGCUGGCCUCACAAGGAGGUCUGGGGAUGUACGAGUCUCCUCUUUUCCUGCCGGCACACGACGAAGACGGCGGAGGAAGGAGUGUCCCCACUACGCCUCUACAGGUGGCUGCACCAGUGACGGUCUUCACGGAGUCGCUGCCCUCCGACAGCACUGACAACAUGGCCUCUCAGUCGGUUCCCAUGGUAACCGCGUCCUCCGGGAUGGCUGCUGCCGCAGACGAUGGAGAUGAGGUCUUCAUGGAGCAUGAAGGAGAUGGUCCUAGUAUUGAAUCUUCUUUAGACAGCCAGACAGAUAUGGAGUCGACAGGACAGCAAAGUGAUGAUGCUUCACUGCCGUCCACCAGUCAAGUCCCAGACACGAGCAGCGUUCCUCUGCGGCGCACAAUAACCAUCCCGUCCCUGCUGAGCGGCCUGCCGGGCCGAGGAGCCAGAGCGGGAAGAGGAGAGGCCAGAACGCUGCUGAGCCGCAGAGGAACUUUCUCUCGAGGGGGAAGAGGAGGAGCCAUGGGCAGAGGGGGAUUCGCUCAGUAGCGAUGUCACCGUUAGCAGCUCUGUCAUCUUUUACAAACUAAACAUCACACACAGAUGCAUCGUUUCAGUGAAUCUAGAGUCCAGUCAAGACAACAAUCUCUCCAUUGAAGACAUGGCAGACCGAUCGGUGUGUGGAUGUGUGCUUCUUACAGAUUAGCAAUGUUUCUGUUUGUGAAAUCCAGUGCAUUUUUAGUUGUUUAUUUUCACACACAUCCUUGGAAAAAAAAAAUCCUUGUUUUGUAAUUUUUUUUUGUUGUCUUUGCGCUGUUGAUGCAAGUCAUUUAAUAAAGUUGGAUAAGUAGUA